UUAUAAUCGAUCUCCACUCAUCCGUAGUUACAUCAAGCCCCAUCUCCAAUUAAUACUUGGCUAAUUAUUCACUCUAUCUUUCUCCCUAUCCCUCUAGGCUAGGGCCAUGGAUUUCCAACCAAACACCUCUCUACAUCUAAGCCUACCAAGCAAUCAACUAAACCUAGAACUUGUACUCGAGCCAUCCUCUUCUUCUUCAUCAUCACCUCAUAGUCCGGCAGAACCUCGAAUUUUCUCAUGCAACUACUGCCGAAGAAAGUUUUAUAGCUCACAAGCUCUUGGGGGUCACCAAAAUGCUCAUAAGCUUGAGAGAACCUUGGCCAAAAAGAGCCGAGAGAUGAGUUCAUCCGUACGGGCUCAUGGAAGAUCGAACCCACGGUCAGGAUCGUCUUCUUGCAUGAGUGGGCCAAGCUUUCCUCGACAUCAUGAACCAGCCAUAGCAAGGUUCGAGCACCAUGGACAUGCUGGUAGGUUUGUUGGUGACGCGAGCUAUGACAGGACAGAGAUGAAUUAUGGUUCCAUAGAAGGUGCAGGGGGUUCUUGGUCCCUGGUAUAUAGAACCGAAAAUGUUCAAGAAGAGUUGAGCCAGCUAGAUUUGUCUUUAAGGCUUUGAAAUCUUGUAGUACUUCUAACUUCAUUUUCGAAGAUUUCUUUUUUAUUGUUCA